UGUUGCGGCUGAGCGGCUGGACAAACCAUACUGUUGCGCAUCCAAACGAUUUUCUCACACUCACAUCUGCAAGCAGCGUACCUUCGAGCUGGAAGCUGACUUCUCCAUAUUUUUACUUCUUCUGGUAACUUACUAAAAAUAUCCCUGCUGUCUGGUUGAGUAGCACACCACAGGAAACAACAACAAAAAUCUGAAGUCGUUGCCUAACAUUGUCGAACAAUCGUCAAGGAGCCAACUGGAAUAUACUUGCUCUCCAGGUCAAUAUUAAAUAGGGUUUUCUGACCUACUAGAAUGACGGUGUCAGAUGAUAGCAGUGUUAAUCGCGAAAAGACAUGUCCACUAUUGCUCAGAAUGUUUUGCAGCACAAAGAAACAUAAUAACGUUUUGGAGUAUUCUAGAGGUCGUACCCCAAUAAAUGAACUUCAAGUAUAUACGUGGUUUGAUGCUACUCUAAGAGAACUUGCAUCUCUUGUUAAACAAGUUAAUCCAGAAUCCCGUAGAAGAGGAACGUUGUUUGAUUUCGCCUUGGUUUUCCCGGACCAUCGAUCACCGGUGUACAGAAUGCGGGAAUUGGGUACAGUUUGCUCUGGUUCUCCUUCCGAUACAGAUCGUAUCAUGUUAAAAGAUGUACAAUUUACAAUUGGAGAUAUGAUUGAUGUUGCUAUCACACCACCUUUAACUGAUACGAAUAUUCCAUUUAUUAAAAACGAUUCAUUAAUACUAGACUCUAGUCGUCCUAAUCCUAUCAUUCGUAAUCGACGUUCACAUGAAAAAUAUCAUGAACAUCCUUCUAACAACAAUAGUAACAACAAUCCUGAUUUAAAGUCUUCUAAAUAUCGUCGACAUGUAAACAAUGUUAAUUUAACUUCUCAAGAUAGAGCAGAGAAAUCUGAAUCUGGUAAGGAGUCAAGAAUUGACAAGUCGACUGAUGGACGCUAUAGCUAUAAAACAACUGCUCGUCGAGUUGUACCGUAUUAAUAAACAUAAUUCAUUGUGCAUGUGUUAAAUGACUUUUGUACAUUAUAUAUAGCAAACCUUCAUUGUAUAUUCGUUAAAUAAAUUAUAUAUACACUAUCCUGGACUUGAUUUAUUUAAUGUUAACAUUUCCACACUAGUCCUAUAGAGUGUAAGUUACACUGAGUUGUUGGUAUUAUGUUAAGCCCACAUAGGUUAUUCUAGCCUCAAUUCAUUCAUUCUUCUCAAGCCACAUUUUUACCCUGCCAAUCAUCCGCUUAUCAACCUUGACUUUCUAUGUAGGCGUAUGUGUGCAUUUCUUAUUUUACUUACCACAUAUCUGUGACUUAUUUUUGUCUCACUACAAAUAUCAAUCCACACUUGGUUAAAUCGGGUUGGUUAACAUGCCUUCUCCACUGCGCGUCGUUUCGCUUCACUCUCUUCUCUUCGUUUUUCCGAUCGUGUGGCUGGAUCAAUGAUUGUAUGAAAUACACGUAUUCGAAAUCCAUUCUCAUAUUUAACUUAUUUGAUUCUGUAAAUCAUUAACGCGAUAACCAUAUACGAUGGCAACUAGGGUGAUAUAUUUUGACAGCAAUCAUUUGUCCGAUCUAAAUGGACUCAGAUAUAGGGUCAAUAAAAUGAACACUACUCGAUGUUAUGUACAAGUUAACACGUACAUAGUUUGACAGAAUAACUUAAUGAGUAAAAUGAUACAAAACCCAGAUUAUGUUUAUUCCAGUCUGAUGUAAAACCCCAGGUUACCAAUUCAUUUAAUUUCUAGAGUCACAACCACAAAUGGGCUAACAGACGUCUAUAUGAACAUUUCACCUGCUUUAAUUAAUUAUAGGAUCGGCAGUUUUUAAUAACAGUGAUAUGGUAUGCCUGGAACAAAUUUUUCGUAGAAGAAAAACCGGAGUUUUGUAAUUAUUUAAAAAAGACACUCGUCGUACAUCUUAGUUCAUACAAAUAUUGUAAAUCCAAAUGUGAUUUUCAUGAAUAUAGUGUUUGAAAGAUUUCACACCAACAACAAACGCUUGACUUUGAUCAUACUUCUAAUUAAGUCUACUAAAAGGCACAGAUCCCUGAUAACUAUUCAUACCUCUGAAUUCAACAAUAUAUUCCAGCCAACUUCUAAUAAAUUUCAGGCAUCCACUAUUUUCCCUAUACAAUGAGCU